AUGUUCCACAUGUUCUCCAACUGCUGGUCGUGGCUGCAGGCUGUACAGGAACCCAUCAGAAAGGUGACCCUCCUCGUCCUGGGGCUGGACAAUGCGGGGAAAACCUCUGUCAUCAUGGACAUAGAGAAAGCUGUGGCCAGCGAGGUGCUGCCCGUGGCACAGCCUGGCCAGACCUGCCUGCGGGUGGGCAGGUUCGAGGUGACACUGGUGGACCUGCCAGGGGCCCAGCGCUCCCGCAGUGCCUGGCGCAGUCACUAUGGUGCAGCCCAUGGGGUUCUCUUCGUGCUGGAUUCCAGUGACCUGGGGCGGAUGGAGGAGGCCCGCAAAGUCCUGAGCCGUGUCCUGAGUCAUCCCGACAUCUCUGGGAAGCCCAUUUUACUGUUGGCCAACAAGCAAGACACGGCUACCGCGCUGCUGCCCUGCGAGCUGGUCGAGCGCCUGUCCCUGGAGCGUUUGGUUAACGAGAACCGCUCGCCCUGCCGCAUCGAGCCCUGCGCUGCCAAGCGGGAUCCCGGUCCCGCCGGCCCGGCCCGCACCACCUUGCAGGGGUUACGCUGGCUCCUCCGCUCCUCUUCCGCCGUCCCGGCACCACCGCCCGCUCCCCAGGAUCCACCGCCCGACCCCAGCCCCCGGGCAGCCCGCGGCCGCCCGCCCUCCCGCAGGUGA